AUGUCUGGCAGAAACAACAGCGCUUGCAGACAACAAGGGACCACUCAGGGUCCCAGUUCCAACGUUUCGAACGCCGGGAUUUUUGAGGAAUCACCUGCAACCAACCAGCAGGGUGCAAAUGGUGGCCAAGGCUAUUCGCAAACUACCGUUUUCGGCCAGCGUUUGACUGAUCGUGACAUCGUGUACCAAACCACGAAAGAACAAGAGAGACAAGGAGGCUAUCCUGGAGUUGCAGUGUUGCCUAAGCGUCCAGUUGAAACACAAGAGUACCGCCGUGCCGCCGCAAUGUUCCCAAAGAAGUCCAAGGCGUCCAAGUCCAAGCUGUACUGA